AAACUGAGACCAAGAUCAAAAAGGAAAUCCUUUGAAUAUGAAGAUGUUCAAUCAUACAGACGUCUUAUACAACAAACAAACCAUCCUCAGAUCUCUGAAGAGCCUAUUGAAGUCUCACAAUCUGCUCUCUAUCACACAGUGUCUGAAGACAACAUCUAUGAGGACAUUAUGUAUCCUCAGAAGGAGAACCCUUAUGAAGAUAUCAAAAUAUCUCCUGUACCAUUAUGGCGGGUCCCAACCACAUGGAAGAUCCCACCUCCACGAUGUACAAUAAAACCACCCAAGAUUCCAUCAAGAACAAACUUUCUAAAAAGGCAAACUUUGGAACUGAAAAGUACCAAGUUGUACAUUCACAAGAAGGCCGCAAAGGAUUCUACCUUACCAGUAACAUUGAUGGAGUGGAAAGUGUUCCGAAGUGGAGGAGAGACUGCAAAGAAGAAAAAGAAGUUCCCCAGGCUGGUAAUGAAAAUACAAGAUAUCUUUGAUACAAAGCGUGGAAAAAAGAAGGUCAAAGUCCAGACAUUUAAUGGGCAAGACACAACUUCAUCCAAAGGAGAAGCAAGUGAGUCAGAAAGUGAGGCAGAGAUCGUCAGAAAAAACACAACAAGCGUUUGGCUCAUGUUCAGAAUUCCCUGAAGCGUAACCCCCACUACCAGACUUUGGAGCGGGACCUUAUCGAACUCCAAGAACAACAACUAUUUGAGCUGUUUGUGGUUGUCUCCCUGCAAAAGAAGCCAUCAGGAGAUACCUAUGUUCCCUAUAUAACACAGCAGUACCCCAGUAAGAACGAUCACCCACUGAAGCAAUCCAAAGACACAGAGGAGAGGUUAAAGGUCAUUCCACAGUUUUGUUUCCCUGAUUCAAAAGACUGGGCUCCUGCAUCAAAUUUUAAGAGUGAAACCUUUUCAUUUGUACGUAGUACAGCCCAGACUGGUGAAGAUGGCAGCAGAUGGUUUGGCUAUUGUAGGAAUCUUCUG